GUGGAAGGGGGCGGGGCCUCAUCGUGUCGGCGGACCACGUGGAGUGGACACCGCAGCCCGGGUGGGAGCCGAACCCGUCGAGCCUUGCUCCGGCACCUCGCGUUGCGCACCGACACGUGGAGCCGGCUCCGCUCAAGACGUCUUCUACCGCGCCGGCGUUCGUCACCCUUCCUCACCCCUGUGAGGUCAUGCCGCACCUCUCCUCCCUGAGCCUGGAUGUCACCCCGACUACUGCUGCCUCGUGCCCCGGGGUCACCAUGGACGAAGUCACAUGUCUCCCACUCAAGGAACCCGCUGAGGAGAAGGGCGACCCGGAGCCGAGCGAGACGCUGGGGGCUGUGAAUGAACAGCAGCAGCACGUGACUGAUGCCUCCAGCUUAGAAGCCGAUCUUACGACUCAUGGCGGUGAUCACAGAGAGGAGCAUGAGAAGCCGGAUAAAGAUACAGACGAUAGUGAUGAGGAAGAGGAAGAUGAAGAGGAGGAGGAGGAAGAGGAGCCUCCCAAAGAGCCACGUGUGAGAGAGGCGCCAGAGGACAUCAAACUGGAGGCAAUCCCGACCACCAUGUGCAUGCACCCGUCACGCGACGUGAUGGCCGUGGGCGACCUCGACGGAGAUAUCUUCCUGUACUCGUACUCAUGCACGGAGGGAGAGACGCGCGAGCUGUGGUCCUCGGGACAUCACCGCAAGGCGUGCCGUGGCCUCGCCUUCUCCGACGACGGCGCCCAGCUCUACUCCGUGUCCAAGGACAAGUCUGUGCUGCUGUUCGACGUGGAGCAGGGCAAGCUGGUGAAGAGGAUUCAGAAGGCUCACGACUCGGCCAUCUACAGCCUUGUGGUGAUCGACGAGAAUCUGACGGCGACGGGCGGCGACGAUGGCGUCGUGCGCGUGUGGGACUUCCGCCAGGGGACAUACGUCAUGGAGCAGCUGGAGCACACCGACUUCGUCAGCAGCAUGGUCGUGGGAGAUGACAAGAGGACGUUGCUCACCACUAGCGGCGACGGGACGCUGUGCGCCUUCAACGUGCGGCGCCGGAGGUUGGACGUCAAGUCCGAGGUGCAGGACUGCGACCUCACCUCCAUCGCCAUUGUCAAGGAGGGGACCAAGGUGGUGUGUGGCUCGAGCGAGGGCUGGCUGCUGCUCUUCAACUGGGGCGGCUUCGGCGCGGUCAGCGACCGGUUCUCUACGCGCACCGAAUCGGUCGACUGCCUGGCACGCGUUUCAGACAACCUAGUGUGCACGGCCAGCAUGGACGGCAUCAUCAGGGCGGUGAGCCUGCUGCCAAACCGCGUGCUCGGCGUGGUGGGGCAGCAUGGGAAUGACCCCAUAGAGGCGCUGGAGCUCACAGGGGAUGGACGCUUCCUGACGAGCUGCGGGCACGACCAGCUCGUCAAGUUCUGGCCGGCAGAUGAGCUGCGCCGGCGCAAGGUCAACGACUACCGGCGCCGUGUGCAGAAGAACCGCCCGCUCCUCGGACUCAAUGCCAAGGCCGACACGGCCGAAGAUUUCUUCGCGGGGCUCCUGGAAGGGGCGCCGGAUCCGACCGCGCCACCGCAAAGUUCGCAGGGCGGCAAGCGUCGGCACGAGUCCGACAGCGAUGACUCGGAUGACUCGGAUGACUCGGACUGAAGGUGGGGGUGGUGGGGGGAAAUCGGGACUGCGAGCUCCAGACACACGUUUGUGAUGUCACGCACACACUGUGAGCGAGUCGAGAUGCGUGAAGAUAAUGCGAGGGUUGGCCGUAGAGGACCGCUUUUGUUUGGUGCCGUUUGCCUCUUUCUCAACUGUACAACCGAGCCGCGCCAGGGCCAUGCCGAGCCAGCGCUGCGCACCUCGAGAGGCGCCGGUAUUGUUUUUCCACUGCACGAGACGUGCCGUGCCGCGGACGUCGCGAACAAGGCGAUCGGCGUGUAGGCAGUUGUUUACUAGCGUCACGCAGCGAACGGGUCGGCACGCGUGUUAUUUAUAUUAUAUGAUUAUUUACGUUUAUUUACCCAGGAAAGCCUCAUUGAGGCUCGUGACUUUAUUUUUGUCAGGAGGGUCCUGCGAAAUAUUUGCGUUGAGUGCUUUGUAUAGUGCCAAUUGAGUGAUUGUGCUGCACACUUAACAUUUGGCAAAUUUAGACCACGACGCUGACACAGUGGCCGACGCUUGCAAAUAACAUCACGGGAUUCUUCACGUCGACAGUGAAGCAGACGGCGCGUAGUGUUUUGUAUAAUUGAUACAACCCGCAGUAUUAAUCAGGGCGGCCGCUGAAUUCCAUUCGUGAACCUCUGCAACACGAGGCAAACCGAUUGAGGCAGGGUGCGUCAUCGCCCCAUGAUCCCAAUAUCCCAGGGGAGAUGGGCACUUGAGUCGGUGGCGAGGUAGACUGUUGACGUCUUGGUUGAUGAUGGGCAGGUGGUUGUCGUUGGCAAGAAAACGUGUCAACUCCCUUUCAGCUUUGUAUGUUCUUGCGAAUAUUUGGUGGCGGAACGUUCGCUGGAACAGUCGGGCCCGGGAGGUCGGCGUCGGUUUCAGCGUCGCGGUUACAAUGCGCGUCGUGUUCUUCAGUUGUGCAUCGAGCAGUUUCGUGGACGAGCUCCCGGACUUCAACGACAUCACCGAACGCGAGCGAUGUCGCAGACGUCUUCCGUUUAAUAAAACAUCCGUGUCCCAUCGUCUUAUGAAUCUUGA